UAAUGAUCAAUUUCGCUUCCCAGGUAAACUUUCUCGCCAACCAAACACACUUCGUCGGGAUGUGGAAACACAUAAGAACUCUUGAAUGGAAAUAGAAAAGAAAUGUAAUUCCAGUUCCUUCGGAAAUGGUAAGAUCUUUGCAAGUCCAUCGGUCACUAGUCCUCAACUCUGGCUCUUGGCUCCGAAAUUCUCCGCAUAAAAACAACCACAAACCCCAAUAUUUCUAACAGGCAACUUCAACUCGCACCAAUUUUUGCCGAAAAAAUGCUUCUUUUCUCAAAAGCCCCCAAAUUCUAAUGGAAGCCUGCAAAUCCACCGACAAACCACCCGAAGCCCUAGACUCUCUCCGUCUUUACCACAACUCUCUUGCUUCCCUCUCCCUCCGAAUCCCUCCACAUGACCAACCCUCCUCGCUCCCUCUCCCCUCCUCUCUCCCACUGUCCAAGCUCAUCCCCGGAACUCGCUUCCUCGUCGACGCUUUCCGCUUCUCCACCUCCUCCUCCAUCACCUACUUUCUUUCCCAUUUCCACUCUGACCACUACACCGGCCUUUCUUCUAAUUGGUCUCAGGGCCUCAUUUUCUGCUCCCCCACAACAGCCAAUCUCCUCAUCCAAGUCCUCAAGAUUCCCUCGCAGUUCGUCUUCCCAUUGCCUCUGCUCGAGCCCGUGAUUAUUGAUGGUUCUCAAGUUACAUUAGUUGAUGCUAAUCACUGCCCGGGGGCGGUGCAGUUCUUGUUUAAGGUUCCUGGUAAGGAUCAAGAAGGGUUUGAAAUGUAUAUUCAUACUGGUGAUUUUAGAUACCAUAGUUCGAUGAAAGAGGAUGGCUUAAUUAGUCAGUUUGUUGGUUGUGAUGCGAUUUUCUUGGAUACUACUUAUUGUAAUCCUAAAUUCCUUUUUCCCUCGCAACAGGAGUCUAUCGAUCAUAUAGUUAGUGUUAUAAAGAGAAUAAGGGGAGAUUUUAUGAUUCAAGAAAAGAGCGUGUUGUUUCUUGUCGCGACUUAUGUGGUUGGGAAGGAGAGGAUUUUGCUUGAGAUUGCGCAAAGGUGUAAAAGAAAGGUGCAUGUAGAUGGGAGGAAGAUGGAGGUUUUGCGGGUUUUGGGACACGGGGAAAGUGGGGUGUUUACAGAGGAUGAGAAUGAAAGUGAUGUUCAUGUUGUUGGGUGGAACGUGUUAGGAGAGACAUGGCCAUACUUUCGGCCAAAUUUUGUUAGAAUGAAGGAAAUAAUGGUGGAAAGAGGAUAUUCUAAGGUUGUUGGAUUUGUCCCAACUGGAUGGACUUAUGAAGUGAAGCGUCAUAAAUUCUCUGUCAGGUCAAAGGAUUCAUGUGAGAUCCAUCUUGUGCCAUACAGUGAGCAUUCAAAUUAUGAUGAGCUUAGAGAGUAUGUGAAGUUCUUGAGACCUAAGCGUGUCAUUCCUACAGUUGGCGUGGAUAUUGAAAAAUUCAACAGUAAACACACUAUUAAAAUUCAGAAGCAUUUUGCUGGUUUAGUUGACGAAAUGGCUAACAAGAAAGAGUUUUUGAUGGCUUUUCAUCAUGGAUCAUGUGAGAAUGAUGAAAAGGCUGGAUUGGAAGAUGUGGUAGAGUUGAACGAGCGCAUGGAUCCAGAGGAAGAUGGGAAUUUAUCUGAAGUGAAAGCCCUUGAAGAUAAGGAUCCAGGUGUUGUUUUGAACUCUUCAUCUACUCUGCAAGAACAUGGUUCACAAAAUUUAACUAUACUAAAUGAUGACGAAACAGAAAAAAUAAUACGAGAACUUAGCGAUUCUUUGCCCUCGUGGGUUACUCGAGACCAAAUGUUAGAUUUGAUUCAAAGCUCAGGAGGGAAUUUUGUUGAUACAGUUUCAAACUUUUAUGAACACGAAACAGAAUUUCAUCAACAAAUCUUUCCUUGUAGGACAUCCAUGUGUUCUUCUCAGACUGAUUCUCUCAACGAAUCUGAAUCACUUUCAAAUCAAGUUUCUAUCAAGAAUAGCCAAGAGACUUCAGGGACGACUCCUUUGAGUCAAAAUUAUAAGUCAUCAAACUUAAAGCCUUCAAGCAAAAGUGGUAUGACUCUUGGAAAAAGGAAGAGGAGUGUUGGCAAGAAGGCAAAAACGAACUCAAAAUUGGAAUCUGGUGGACCAAGGCAGUCUACUAUUACAAGGUUCUUUAAUAAACUCGUUCCUGAUGUUUCUCAAGGUAGUGAGGUCCAAUUCUUACCUGGUCAAUCUAUGGAAGAAAAUUCAUUGCAGAAUGAUGAUACAAACUCAUACAAAGAGGAGAUAUAUCAGUUUAUUCAGAUAAUUGGCGGUAAUGAAUCAUCAAGAGGCUAUGCUGCCGUUAUCAUGGAGAGGACCAAAGGAGACAUUAAUAAGGCAUUAGAUGUGCAUUAUGGUAAUGAAGGUAACUUUGAUCAGAGUGUAGAGAAAUUGGUUGCAUCAGACAAUUUGGUUCAGCCUCAGUGCAAUAUUCAUGAGUGCUCUUCUGCCCAGGACAAAACUGUAUCAGAGGAGGGAAAGCAUAUGGUUGAUCUGUCCAUACAGAGAUCAUUGAAAGAAAAUGUCGCUGCUACUUAUGUUUCACUACCACCAGAAAAAUACAAUCCCAUACAACAUGCAUGCUGGAGUAUUGGAGAGCCUGCUCCCUAUAUCCAUCUUGCACAAACAUUUGACCUAGUUGAGGCGGAAAAGGGAAAGAUCAAGGCUACUUCCAUGUUGUGCAAUAUGUUUAGAAGUUUGCUAGCGUUGUCUCCUGAGGAUUUGCUACCUGCUGUGUAUCUGUGCACAAACAAGAUUGCUGCUGACCAUGAAAAUAUAGAGCUCAACAUUGGUGGAGGCUUGGUCACUUCGUCGCUAGAAGAGGCAUGUGGGACAAACCGGUCUAAACUAAGGGAUAUGUACAAUAGUAUGGGGGAUCUUGGUGAUGUUGCUCAAAUGUGCCGACAAAAACAGACAUUACUUGCUCCUCCUUCUCACCUUCUCAUAAAAGAUGUAUUUUCUGUUCUCCAAAAGAUAAGUGUGCAAACAGGUACUGGAAGCACUCUUCGAAAGAAGAGGCUCAUUGUAAAUCUCAUGCGUUCUUGCAGGGAGAAGGAGAUGAAGUUUAUUGUUAGAACUUUGGUAAGAAACUUACGGAUUGGAGCUAUGAUGAGAACUAUUCUACCUGCAUUGGCUCAAGCUGUUGCUAUGAAUUCCUUGGUCAAUUUCGAUGAACAAAAAGCUGAAAGUUUGAAGGAGAAACUUCAGUACCUUUCCUCAGCAGUCGUAGAAGCAUAUAAUAUACUUCCAGAUUUGGGUUUGAUCGUUCCCUCACUCAUAAGCAAAGGCAUUGAAUUUUCAUCAUCAACUUUGUCUAUGGUGCCAGGAGUACCUAUUAAACCGAUGCUGGCAAAAAUUACAAAUGGAGUUUCCCAAGCAGUUAAACUCUUUCAAGAUAAAGCUUUUACAUGUGAAUACAAAUAUGAUGGUCAGCGUGCCCAAAUUCACAAAUUACCAAAUGACACUUUUCGUGUAUUUUCACGGAAUGGGGAUGAAACAACAUCAAGAUUUCCAGAUUUGAUCAAUAUAAUGAAGGAAUCUUGUAAAUCUGCUGCAGUAACUUUCAUAGUGGAUGCAGAGGUGGUUGCAAUUGAUAGAAAAAAUGGCUGCAAGCUCAUGUCAUUCCAGGAACUAUCAUCAAGGGAGAGAGGGAGCAAAGAUUCCUUUAUCACAGUGAAUAAUAUAAAGGUUGAUAUUUGUGUAUUUGUCUUUGAUAUCAUGUUUGCUAAUGGAGAACAGCUGCUGGAGCUUCCUCUUCGCCAAAGAAGGAAACGCCUAAAGGAUUUGUUUUGUGAUGAGAGGAUGGGCUAUUUUGAGUACGCAAAGGAAAUGACGGUUGAAACUCAUGAUUCUUGUUUGACCAAUGAUGUAACAAUGGCCAAGAUAAACUCUUUCCUUGAAGAAGCAUGGCAUUCCUCAUGUGAAGGAAUUAUGGUGAAAUCUUUAGAUGUUCAUGCUGAAUAUUCUCCCUCAAAACGUACAGACACAUGGCUAAAGGUCAAGCGAGAUUAUGUAGAAGGAUUGAAUGACUCACUUGAUUUAGUCCCCAUUGGUGCUUGGCAUGGUAAUGGGAGAAAAGCAGGAUGGUAUAGUCCAUUUCUCAUGGCAUGUUACAACCCUGAGACUGAGGACUUCCAGAGUGUUUGCCGUGUCAUGUCUGGGUUCUCAGAUGUAUUUUACACUGAGAUGAAAGCAUUCUUUUCUGAAGAUAGAAUAUUGUUGAAAAAGCCGUCCUACUACCAAACUUCGGAGGUGCCAGAUUUGUGGUUUUCUCCAGAACUUGUUUGGGCAAUACGCGGUGCAGACUUGACUGUUUCUCCAGUUCACCAUGCUGCUAUAGGUUUAGUUCAUCCAUCCCGUGGCAUCUCCAUGAGAUUUCCAAGAUUUGUUCGCCCUGUGUCAGACAGAAAUCCGGAGGAAUGUAGCACAGCGGCAGAUAUUGCAGAAAUGUUUAAUUCUCAAACACGGAAGAUGAAUGUAACAGGCACAGCUGCCAAGUAACUUAUCAUGUAAAUUAGCAAAUUUUGUAGUCUGAAAAUUUGUACAAGUGUGGAAAGAUGAUCUGCCAGGGUCUAAUACAAAUACAAAACAAUUAUUUCUCC